AUGAAGCGUCCAGCUAGUGUCAUGGACAAUGAUGUCGGCUACCUCUCUGACGAGACGUUGGAGUUGCCAGGCACGAGAGACAUGUCGGCUACCUUCAAAGGGUUGAAUGUCAGGCCGCCAUUUGCACAAUGGCUGGUGGAGGGAUUCAAGACCAUGGAAGUGAGGAAGUACAAUCUUGGAACCCAUGGCAUGGCCCCAUGCAUGUGGGUAGUCAAGACAAAGGCCAGUGCCAAUGACAUCACUCUCGUUGUCGGCAUUGUCCAGUUCGAUGAGUCAAAGGUGGUGGAGUACACGAACAGGGAGCAGUUUCAGCAGGAUUGGGGAAAGCACAGGAUUCCUGAUUUGAAGUUCGGGAUUGGCUGUGAUUGGAACUUUGAGAAGCCAUUGUAUGGCUGGCCCGUCAAGAAGUACGUCAAGCUCGUGAAUGAAAUCGUGGUCGAUGGAAGGUUUCCAACAAGGUCAAUGCUGGGAUGGAUCAAGGACCCAGUGACUCUGGACAUCACGGUCCAUCAUGAUGAGGUUGAGGAGGUGAACGAGAUGAUGGACCACAAAGAAGAUGCUGCCUACAUGUGGUCUGGGGAGAUGUCGGCACCACCAUGGUGCCAAUCUUUGGCAGAGCUGGUGGCGAACAAAAACCCCACCUUGGAAAUGGAGGACAUGUUAGUCUUUAAUGUUUGGUCGGAUUGCGCCGGCAUGAGCUCGGAAACUCUGGCCCUGAAGAACUACCGGGAACUGAAUGAGCAUAUGUGGUUGACAACAGACAUGGUUUCCAGAUGCCUUAGCGAAGAUCAGAAGGUGUUGGAAAGCACAGAGAACGGGUUCUCAGAAAUGCCAGACUUUGAUAUCUACGUGGCCGGAUUUCCGUGUACACCAUGGAGCAGGUUCUAUGUGAUCGGCUUGCUCAAGACCUUAGCAUUCCCUUUGGACAAUGGAAUGCUGCAUGAAAAGUUGACCAAUGUUUGUGAGAAGAUCAAGAUCGAGACCGCUCCUGUCAGGGACUACAUGACCUUCCUGGGCUUAAAGCCUGACGUAGACUGGGACAUACUGCACACCAUUCCGAUGGUCUCAGUGCUCCGAGUGCGCUGUCGGUGCACCCUGGAUCCAAACUCGGUGUGUGAGACACACCCAUGCAAGUGCCCGGAAUGCCGUGGUGCAAAGGGGAGCCCAGGUCUGACAUGCAAAUGGCGUUCCCUGCACACGGAAUACCUGUUGAAGAACCUUUCCCAUGUGGUGUUGGCAAAUGAAAUUGAGAAAGUCACCUACUGUGAGGCGUUGGAAAUGUCAGGCACAAAAGCCCCUUCCUCCCCUCGUGAGCGGAAUCUUUUGAACAUCAUGUCCUACCACAGUGAUUCCAUGGCAAGCUCCUUACUGGUGUUGGACAAGAGCCAAGCCAUCAACCGUACUCAAAUGCGCAAUGAUGGGAUCAUCCCAACGUUAUGCACCUCCAGUUCUCUUUGGCUGUUUGCCAUGGGGCGGGAGUUGACUGCUGCCCAGCUGGCGGCUCUGUUUGGCCACACCAGUGACAGCAAGUUUGGCGGGCUCACGGAGAAGGGGGUGAUUGGACUUCUUGGAAAUUCAAUGCACUUGGCAGAGGUUGGAACCCUUGUGGCCAGCGCGGUCUUCAUCAAGGGGCGAUUGCUGUGGGUACUGGAUGAAACAUCCGACACCCAGUGCUUGAUCUGGGUUGGUGAGGAAAGUCCCGAGCCUAUCUUGGUGGUCGAGAUUGUACGAGACGCGAUGGUCAACUUAGGAUUUGUCACAGGCUUUGUACGGCCGUACCCAGGUACGAGACGCGAUGGUCAACUUUUUGCUGUGCAACAUACCUCAUUGAUUUUGGCGUGCAAGCCAAGUGACGUUUUGUCACUUGGCUUGUACGCCCGUACCCAGGUACGGGCGUACGAGCCAAGUGACGUUUUGCAACAGGCAGAAGCACGAAAGAUGGCGAAAUCCACGAAGACCGAUGUGGACUUGAAAGCACAUUUGGUGGAAGCCAUGACUGCAUGGACAGCUUCAGAUGAGGGAAGGCUUGGAGAGCCCUUGGGGUCAAAGUGCCCAGUCCGACCAGUGGAUGAACUCAAGGACUUGGUCUCGAAGAAGACACGAGUUCAGACUGGGGGGUCUUGUGCAAUGCUGGCCCUCGGUGAAAGGGCAGUGGGCGUAUGGCAGACUCGCCGGAUCGAGACUGUCUUGAUGAAGUGGGACGGUGUUCCAGGGAACUUGGGCCACAUCAUUCCCACCUUGAAGGUGAAUUCGGAUCUGUGGGCUUCAGACACUGGCACGAUCAAAGACCUGCAGCGGCUCAACGGCGAUUCCGAGUUGGCAGCUGCGCUUCUGAUAGCCUAUUGGUUCAGGAACAACAGUGACAUUUGCCACUGGUUGAAAAGAGAGCUUGCAGACAUCGUGUUGGAAUUCUACAGCUACGGCGUGGGCUCGCAGUUCGACUUAGCAAAGUUCGGUCUGGUCGAAGAGGAAGAACGGGACCGGCAAGUCAUUGGACUCGGGGCGGCCGACAAGUGCCUUGUCCUAGCGAAGAUGGUGGAUGGCGCAAUGACCGAAAUGGCCCUGUCGGAGGACAAGGCGAUCGAGGCCUUGUUGAGCAAAGGGAACUACAUGAACCUCAGCACUUGCCAGCGCUACACCAACAUGGGCAGAAAGCUGAAGGAGCUUCCAGCUGUCAUGGAGGCAUUGAACACCAUGUCCCACCGCUUUGGGCGUGAUGGUCCCCUUGACGGAAUCACCAACCUCCGCUCCCUGUUCUCACUGGGCCUCAACUCCGAUGACAUGGUCUUUGUCAUCGAGAAAGCUUCUGGUAUCAGAAAAGCGUUGGGCCCCGUGCGCACUGGCACGAUUCGGUUUGACGUGACCAAAGUUCUGAAGGCCAUUCUCGUUCGCAGGGACUACAUGGUGCAUUUGCGUAACCAGUUUCCCAACAUGGCUAGCUACAUGCAUGACCACGGAACGUUGGCAUGGUACACACGAACCUUCGGUCUGAACAGUCUCGGGGAAAAGGAUGGCCAAAGAGUUGAAGAGCAAGAUGAAGAGGAGAAUGAGCAGGACCAGCAAACACAGGCCAGUAGCUUUAUGUCCCUGAAACCCUUGGUCACCUUCGUGGAGAGAAUGAUGAGGGGGACCUAUGAUAUCGCGCUGUGCAAGCUGUCAGGGGAUUCGAUUGCAGGGAAAUCAUUGAACCUUGGGUCCCAGGAUGACAACAUGAAGAGCAUCAUCAGUGACAUCUCCGCGAAGUAUGCCUUGGACUUCCCCGCCCCCAAGGAGAAUGCCCAUGAAGCUCGCAUCACACAUGCUGACGGCAUGGAGGUGAUCAAAUCGACGGUGCAGGACAAGGCAGACUAUGAGAUCGAGUUGGACAAGUACCUCAAGGCCUCUGCGGAAAACGAAACCCAGCAAAUCAAGGAGUACAUCAUGUCCAGGAUCGCCUUUGUCAUCGACGACCUGACCGACGACUUGCCAAGCAAAAUCGCAAAGCAGGGCCUGGCAAAGGAGAGCAAGAGAAAGAUGUGCAUCUACUCUACAGAGCUUGAUGGCCCUGUGGCAUGGCAGCAGAUCAAGGCACGCAGGUUGAACCCAUUUGGGGGAACUGGUCCUGGAGUCUCCAAGACCCGGGUUGAACGUGCAGUGAACAUUUAUGAGGAGAUUCGUCGUGCUGAGCGUGACGCGGAGUUGCAGGACAAGUCCUUGUUGAUCAUGACAUGCAAGUCGGCCCUGGACGUCGUGAAAAAUGAGCUUGGCAAACUGACGGGUGCCAAGAAGCAUGCCUUGACAGUGGCCACCAUCGAACCGAAUGCCACUGACUCCCUCCAAAGGUUCAAGCGUGGGAGGAGGGCAUUUGGGAGCAAGAUUGAGGAUCGUUUCGUUGCUUGCUCAGUGUCUGCCAUCUCCAGCGCGCACUGUGGUGCCAUGCAGUUUCUUGAGGGAGGGGACACCUAUUUCACCAAGUGGCCAGUGAGAUUGAUCCCUGAGAAUGAUAUGACCCCGGACCGGGACGACUCCGAAGACUGCCAUGGGUCAAACGAUGCAAUGGACUUGAACAUGAAUGACAAGAACGUGGUUGCCUUUCCGCAUGAACACCAUUGGACUUUGACGCAGGAGUUCUUGGCGGUCUUCGGCGGCCCGGGCAGUGUCACUUUGAUCGACAUGACCCCAGGCUCUGGUGCAAAGCUCCUCGGAGUGCUCCUCUCCAAUGGCAGGGGAAUCGGGGUUGCCCGCACUGCAGCACACUGCAAAUGGAUGAUGGAGAAUCUGAUUGGAUGGACUCGGCAGAAGCGCCUGGUGCCAAUUACCCAAUUGGUGAAGCCAGACAGCCUGGUGCAGUAUGAGAAGCAGAACAAGCCAGCGCCAGCACCCAUCCCGAAGAACAGCCCGCAGCCGAAGGCAGUGAUGAACACGCCGCAGACCCCGAACCCGUCUCCAUCACCGAGCACACCUGCAGUGCCGAAAUCAGCUGGUAGCAAUGGUGGUGGGCCUUCUCCUCCUGUCAAGCCGACCGGCUUGCUGGAAGCCUUUGGCAAGACCAUCCUCAAGGGCAAGGUCGUGGAGGAAUUUCUUGCCCGCAUGACCUCAUGGAACUUGCGGUCAUUUCGACGACAGCCAUGGUCCCUAGUCAAGAAGGAAAGGAACAAGAACCGAAUCAUCCGCAAGAUAGCUUGUGACUGGGCAGAGGCAAAUGCCAACAAACCUCUGUGGGACAACUUCACAGUGGGUGACCUAGCAAGGUGGCUGGAGAGAAUGCGACAGGGUGGGACUUGGGGAGACACAGCCAUGCUUCAUUGUCUUGGCUGCGCUUUUGGCAUUGACAUUUGUGUUUUGAUCCAUGGCCAGCCCGACCCUGCUUUUGUUGGAGCUUCCUGUUGUGGCCUUGAGGAUGCUGAGAUGAUCAUGGUUGCUUUGAGCAACGACUACCAUUUCUGGGGAUUGGAGCGGGAUCCUUCCUGCGAAGACGACCAAGAGGGACCAGAUCAAGACGUCGCAGAGUAUCCAUGCACUGACCGCAUUGCAGAGAUCUGGAAUGAAGACUCUGUGUCAAACCAGUUAACUUUAAUUCAAUGCCUGCAGGAAUGGGACCCUUGGGCAGUACCAACGGCAACUUUGAUCGAGAACUUCGAGAAGAUCUCAAGCGUGGGCCCUUUGGAUCCUGGAGCUGCCAUGUUUAAAGCCCGGCAGUUUGCAUUCUACCAGCUGACACGUGAGCAGCAUGCUUAUGAGGAGUUGAGCCGGGAGAAGCGCUACCAGAAAGCAGAGGCUGCUCUGCGGUCUUGUAACUAUCUGCUGACCAAGAGCUCCAGGAAGUUUCCUGCCAUCGCUCACAUGACUCGUUCUGGCUACGAGAACAAUGGUUUCACCUUCCUGGGAGUGACUGUGUGUCAGCGUGCCUUUCAAAUCCUGACUGGGAUCCCAGCUGGCACGAUUCAACAAGCCAGGGAUGCUGCUCGUCGUUCGAAUGCAGUCACUGCUUUGACAAAGAAAGAGUUGGGCAUGUGGGCCACCAUUCGCAAUUCUGCCAAAGCUCCUCGCUACUUGGAUGCUCGGUCAUGGCUCGAAGUCCACGCGGAGAAGUAUGCGGAAGCAAAUCCCAUGACCGGCCAAAUGGUGUUGCCGUUUGGACGGAAGUCUGACUACUACCACAUGUACUGUUGGGAGCGCUCUCAGGAAGUGCUGAGCCAUUUGGAUGGGGAGUAUGCUUCCCAACAAACAUUUCUCCAAGCAUGGCGAUGUGAACCUCAGUUCUUGUUGGCCCCCUCUUGCUCCACAUGCUGUCCAUGUCUUUUUGUGUACCUGGUCAUGGAUACUUCACAUGCUGUGGCACCAAUGUUUCAUGUUCCCCUCAUGAUCUCCCUGCCCCAGGAAUGCUUCCAUGUUGUCAUUGCCUCACGCACCAGUAUGUUUGUGGCCUGCCAAGUGUGCAAGUUCCUGCAGGGCAUGAUUGCAUCCACAUCUAGGCAGCAUUCUGAAGUGCUUGAUGCUCUGAAGCUUCGUCUUGGGAGGCAUUAUGCUUUCCAAGCAAGCCAGCGCUUGGCUGACGAACGUCUCAUGGAGCAGGCACGUCGGUCAGACAAUGCCGAGUGGUAG